AUGACAUUCACUUCUUCCGCCCGCAAAGAUAUUACCAACCCUGAGGUCAAGAGUAGUACUGCCUCGAGGACCGUUGAAUCGUGGGACGCACCAUACCAGGCCCUUAGCAAGGCAAUACUUUUCCAGAAUACAGACCAGCAUCGCUAUUGGCAUCGUGUCGCCCCUAUGUUUUGUCGUAUGUUGAGUGACGGAAAGUACAACAUCGACCUACAAUAUCGAUACCUAUGUCUCUACUCUCAGCUUGUGGUUCCCUCUCUUGGACCUUUUACAACCAGUGGGAAUGAUAGUGACUUUUAUAAGUGCACCCUUGGCGGUUAUGGACCAGUUGAGCUAAGCCAGAACUUUCAGGCAUCGGGGUCAACUGUACGGAUUGCGUUCGAGCCGACCAGUCAUGCUGCCAGCAUGGGAGCAGAUAUCUGUAACCGACAAGCUGUGCAUGUGUUUUUGUCCAACCUGAAGCUGCUUGACGCAUCGGCCGUUAACCUCUACCUCCAUCAUUCCCUCAACAAUCAGUUGACGUUGACUGACGCAGAGGAGGAGCAGCUCACACCGGAAGAUCUUGCGAAAUUUGAGGUCAGAACACAAAAUUUAAUUGCGUUGGAUUUCACAAAGUCAGGCAUCAUUGCAAAGGAAUACUUCUUACCGAUCGUGAAAUCGCUCGUGACGGGCCAAUCCGUCGCCAGAAUUUGCUUGGACGCUGUUCGCAAUUCCACAUCCGACCCAUCAUUGAGCAAUUUGUGUCAACUGAUUGAAGACCACAUUGAGCAAAGUGAGACACCGGCAGCUUUCCUUGCUUGUGACUUGGUGGACCCGUCAGCUACGCGGUACAAGGUCUAUAUACAUGACUCGGACGUCGUGUUGUCAAGGGCGGAGAACCACUGGACUCUGGGUGGGAAGCUUCAAGGAGACGACAUUGCCCGCGGACUCGAAAUUUUUCGCGAGCUAUGGAUGGGACUUGGCAUUAUCGAAGGAAGACGGAAUCCCCCAGGCACCUCGGCAAAACAUGGCGACCCCUCGAGCUUGUUGCCUCUGAUGUAUAAUUAUGAGAUGAAGCCUGGCGACCAUAGUCUGAAACCUCAGCUAUACAUGCCAUUGACUGGGAUUCCAGAAAUGCAAGUUGCAAGCGCAUUGACGGCCUUCUUCGACAAGCAUGGCAUGCAGGAUCAAGCACGCACCUUCACCGAGAAUUUGAAAUCCUACUACACCGACUGUGAUCUCAGCAAUGCCACUCGGAAACAGGCCUGGCUGUCGUUCUCUUACACGGCUCAGAAGGGUCCCUACUUGUCCAUAUAUUACCACUGGUAG